AUGGAAGGAGUGCCGGAAUGCCAGAGCGCUGUCGCUUUCGCCUUUGACGAAAACGGGGAGGAAAGGCACACCGACGACCCGGACAAGGCGACACAGGGGAAUGGAGAGAAGGAGUUGGGCCGUUUGAUGUGCGAUGGGAGUCCCCUCGGAACCUCCUCUGCUGGAACACUUUCGCCGCGUUCUUUGUUUUUUUCUGCACCUCCGCGAAAAGGCAUUUUUUUGGAACUUAUUGAUAGUAUUCUGCGCUCCGGCACGUCAUCACCCGUGUCACAAGCCGUGAAUAAACCCAUGGAAGAUGGAAGGCCUCUUUCGGCCGAUGUCGAGGCGCGACGGUUCUUCACCACAGAGGUGGUGGACCAGCUUUGCGAUGAAGUUAGAGCCGUCUUGGAGGUGGAAAAGACAUUGUUAAAUCUCCAAUUAAAGGAAAAGGAGACACUUGUGGUCGCGGGCGAUAUUCAUGGUGAUCUCAAUGCGCUUCUCUCCCAUAUUUUACCGGAGCAGUCCGAUAAGCAACUAAAUGUAGAUGGAUUGGACCGUAAAUUUCUUUUUCUAGGGGAUUAUGUGGAUCGGGGGCCGUGCGGGGUGGAGGUGGUCUUGCUGCUAUUUGCACUGAAGGUGGAGUACCCGCAACUUAUUCAUAUCCUGCGAGGGAAUCACGAAGAGCCACAAACAUCUCGUAUAUAUGGUUUUUAUAGUGAAGUGAAUUUGAAAUUUGGUUGUGAUGCUCCCUGGGUACGUUUCAAUGAAGUGUUCUGUUAUUUGCCUCUUGCUGCAGUGGUCACGACACCGAGAAUGCGAUUUUUUGCCACGCACGGAGGUCUUUCUCCACCUCUUUCAGAGGCAUUUGACAUUGUAAACACAAUUGAACGAAUAGACUACGGCAGUGUACUCGACAACGUCCUUAGCGAGGUUGUGGAUGGUCUUUUGUGGUCCGAUCCCACAGAAGUGAUACCGUAUUUUGAAAGAAAUGUGCGCGGAUGUGGCUACAUGUUCGGUAUAAGGGCUACUCAGGAAUUUUGCCAAGUGAACCAAUUUGACUUCAUCUGCAGAGCUCACCAGGUUGUUUCGCAGGGAUAUAACUGGAGCCACGAGAAAAAGGUGCUCACACUCUUCUCAGUGCCAAACUACUGCGGGUUUAACAACAAUUUGGGGGCCAUUAUGAUAAUGCACGUAUCUGGAGCCGGAAAAGAAGAAGAAGAGGAGCUGCGAUUUAGGCAAUUUAAAUCAGCUGUGGAAUCUAGUGCGUGCUCACCACAGACACCAAAGCCAUGCGGGGAGUUUGUGUUUGCAGCGUUUAUGGAAUAA